AUGCCUCUGUUCAAACUUGCAGAAAUUGAUGAUGCAACGCGGAGCUUUGCUGAAAAAGUAUUUGCUUCUGAAGUCAGAGAUGAGGGGGGCCGGCAUGAGCUUUCUCCCUUUGAUGUGGAUGAUAUCUGCCCCAUAUCUCACCAUGAGAUGCAAGCACACAUUUUCCACCUGGAAGCCCUGGCCAUCUCGACAGAGGGCAAGAGAAAGAAGCGCUUCCAAGGCCGAAAGACAGUUAAUUUGUCCAUCCCAGUAAGUGAAACAUCUUGCACCAAACUGUCCCUCAUUGAUGAAUGCAUUUCUUCAUCGCCGACCUACCAGACUGUGCCUGAUUUCCAGAGAAUGCAGAUCACCGGUGAUUAUGCCUCUGGGGUUACAGUUGAAGAUUUUGAGAUGGUUUGCACAGGGCUAUAUAAGGCACUGUGUAUACGGGAGAAAUACAUGAAGAAGUCGAUUCAGAGAUUCCCUAAAACUCCUUCCAAGUACAUGCGGAACAUUGAGGGCGAGGCUUGGGGAGAAAGCGAGAGUGUCUAUCCAGUCUUUACCCCUCCCCCGAAGAAGGGAGAAGACCCCUUCAGAACAGACAACCUCCCGGAAAACCUGGGGUAUCACCUCAAAAUGAAGGAUGGGGUCAUGUACAUCUACCCUGAUGAAGCAGCAGCCAGCAAGGAUGAGCCAAAACCACUUUCUUACCCAAAUCUGGACCUCUUCUUAGAUGAUAUGAAUUUUUUACUUGCUUUAAUUGCUCAAGGACCCGUUAAAACCUAUGCCCACCGGCGCCUGAGGUUCCUGUCUUCCAAAUUCCACGUCCACCAGAUGCUCAAUGAGAUGGACGAGUUGAAGGAGCUGAAGAACAACCCCCACCGCGAUUUCUAUAAUUGCAGGAAGGUGGACACCCAUAUCCACGCAGCUGCCUGCAUGAACCAGAAGCACCUGCUGCGCUUUAUUAAGCAGUCUUACCAAGUUGAUGCUGAAAGAGUGGUCUACAGCACCAACGGGGAAAAUCUCACCCUCAAGGAACUUUUUGCGAAAUUAAAAAUGCAUCCAUACGACUUAACGGUCGAUUCUCUGGAUGUUCACGCUGGACGCCAAACUUUCCAGCGUUUUGAUAAAUUCAAUGACAAAUACAAUCCGGUAGGGGCCAGUGAGCUACGGGACCUCUACCUGAAGACAGACAAUAACAUCAAUGGGGAAUAUUUUGCUACUAUUAUCAAGGAAGUAGGCUCUGACCUGGUGGAAGCCAAAUACCAGCAUGCUGAGCCCCGCCUGUCAAUCUAUGGUCGCAGUCCUGACGAGUGGAGCAAGCUGUCCUCCUGGUUUGUCCGCAACCGCAUCUGCUGCUCCAACAUGACGUGGAUGAUCCAGGUCCCCAGGAUCUAUGAUGUGUUCCGAGCCAAGAAUUUCCUUCCACACUUUGGAAAGAUGCUGGAGAAUGUUUUCAUGCCGGUGUUUGAGGCCACUGUCAACCCCCAGGCUCACCCAGACCUCAGCAUCUUCCUCAGACAUAUCACUGGCUUUGACAGUGUGGAUGACGAAUCCAAGCACAGUGGCUACAUGUUUUCCUCCAAGAGCCCCAAGCCCCAGGAGUGGACAAUGGAAAAAAAUCCGUCCUACACAUACUAUGCCUAUUACAUGUAUGCAAACAUCACAGUGCUCAACAGCCUGAGGAAGGAAAGAGGCAUGAACACGUUUCUGUUCCGACCUCACUGUGGGGAAGCCGGAGCCAUCACCCACCUCAUGACGGCAUUCAUGACAGCAGACAAUAUCUCUCAUGGCCUGAAUUUAAAGAAGAGUCCUGUGUUACAGUACUUGUACUUCUUAGCCCAAAUCCCCAUCGCCAUGUCGCCAUUAAGCAACAACAGCCUAUUUCUAGAGUAUGCCAAAAAUCCAUUCUUAGAUUUCCUCCAGAAAGGACUGAUGAUCUCUCUGUCGACCGAUGACCCGAUGCAGUUCCACUUCACCAAGGAACCCUUGAUGGAAGAAUAUGCUAUUGCUGCGCAAGUCUUCAAGCUGAGCACCUGUGAUAUGUGUGAAGUGGCAAGAAACAGUGUCCUGCAGUGUGGAAUUUCUCAUGAGGAGAAAGUCAAGUUUCUGGGUGACAAUUACCUUGAGGAAGGCCCUAUUGGAAAUGACAUCCGGAAGACAAAUGUAGCCCAAAUCCGCAUGGCUUAUCGCUAUGAAACCUGGUGUUAUGAACUCAAUUUAAUUGCAGAGGGUCUUAAACCAGCAGAAUAAGAUAAAGAAAUAACAAUAGCACAGACAAUAUCUUUAUUGUACUCUACAUGUGUUAGAUAUUCCACAGACAGUGAUUCAUUUAAUCCUGCUUCCAGCUCUGUGGAGUAGAAAUAGGCAUACCUCAGAGCUACUGCAGGUUUGGUGCCCGGCCACUGUAAUAAAGUGAAUAUUGUAAAAAGUGA